CCAUUCUCGGUUUGAAACUAAAAAACGCACCUACAUUCUCUCUUUUUUCGUUUGAAUUCUGAGAAAAAAGAUCCCCAAUGGUUUAUUAAAGAAUGAAACACCCAAACUCAAUGACCAAAGACUAUGAAUACAAGGUCUAUGAUUGUGUGGACGGUCAACAACCGGCAUUCUUGGCCCACUCACAAAGCCAUGCACCCAUCAUUGUCAUGGCACGCCAUGAAGGAUUCCAAUGGAACGACGAGCUCUUUGUCAAUCCGUUUAGGCGAGGUGCCGGCGGGUGCAUAAGUCAUAAAAGUGCAGAUAGGCUCGAGCGUGAGAGUCGAGUCUCGGGCAGCACAGCACUUACGAGCAGUAGUAACAACACUACAGAUCAAAGGCAACAGCAGCAGCAGCAGCACGAGGAGGAUUCUGUAGUUCAGAUACAGUUGUCAGAAGCAGAUCGAGACAUUUGGCCUUGAUUCUCCUAGAUGCAUCUUUUGUACAUAAAAUCUUUCUAUCUGUAUUGUAUUCUGGAAGCGAUCAUCAAGUUACUUUGUGUUUUGUCUCCUGUGCCGCGAUCGCCGAAAAGAAAAAAAUCCCAUCCACCCCCUUCCCCUUGUGUCGAUGUACUUUGUUCAGGAGCCUUCAUUUCAAAUAUACACGUCGGGUCACAGAAGACACAGUGGAGAGAUAUUUACUGAAUUGAUAUUUACCGAAACAAAGCAAAAAUAAAGAGGAAAACUCACCGAAAGAUCACUUGAUAGAGC